AUGUUGCAGAGAACAGCAACAAAACCUCCAACCCCUCCAGCCGAUACAGUCCCUUCGUUGAUCCUUGCGUUCCAAGGGUUAGACCCACCGGCUCAAAUGGCCUUCCUCAACGACCUUGUCCUCCACUGCGCUACCCCUCAGCUCGCCCACCUCACCAACAUUAUCGCUCCAAGGCUUAAACGCGACUUUUUGCGCGACCUGCCCCUGGAACUCUCACACCACAUCCUCUCCAUGAUCGAUGAGCCAAAAUCCCUUGUCAGGGUCUCCCUGGUCUCCAGGUUUUGGCACCAACUCGUCGAGACUGAGGACUGGAUCUGGCGGGCCCAAUGUAUCCGACAGUUCGGUCCGACCUCGUGCUCAUCCUUGCCCAGUCCGAGAGCAUAUCUGGUACCCCCCACAUCAUACCUCUACACCACCAGUCCAACCUCACUCGAUGCUGUUUCGAACACCUUAAAGUCUCUCUCACUCAGCAACUACUCCAAUUCAUCUGGUUCAACGUCAAGUUCACCGGCUUCUCACAGACUGUCCCUGGGCCCUGCAUCUAUAGGAUCCUCUGCCGUCUCGUCAGCUCACCAUUCUCCUGCGUCAUUGAAACCAGGCGACCUGUCUCUCCUUGCAGCUGCAGCGGCAUCAGCAGCCAAUACCCCGGCCUCUCCUGUCGUCAAUGGAUCCUUGAGCAGUAAUAGUAGCAGCACUAUAUCAACAACCACUUCGACUGUCCUUUCGUCUAUGCUACUCGCCAACCAGAGCUCACUCGCGUCCCCAGGCACAUCCGGUCAUAAUGGCAGUAGCAGCGCCAACCACAGUCGAGGCGCCUCUCCCGUGUCAACCAUAGCAGGGUUGCGGACAUCCAUGCCAUCGCGCCUUUCACUGACCACUCUGACGCCACAGUCACCGUCGACGCCAACAGCCGCGACUGGAUCAUUGACCUCUUCGCUAUCGUUUUCUCCAGGACUCGCCUUGUCUGCGUUGUCAUCUCUAGACAACCAAUCGGCCAUCUUGACGACCCCUCUAAUGACGGACGAUGAUUCUCUGAAGCAAAAGCAACAACAACAACAGCAGCAACAGCAGCAACAACGAGCGCAACAACAGGAGCUUCAGGAGCUGCAGGAGCAGCGGCAACUUCAACAACAACAAUAUGCUCGACAGCUCAAAAUAGCCACCUCCUACAAGGCGUACUUCAAACGGCGCUUUAUGAUCGACCGCAACUGGAUUUCGGGUCACCACAGUCUGAUCUCGUACACCACCCCCGAGACAGGCGUUGUCACGUCGCUGCAGUUUGACCACCACCACAUUGUUGUGGGAUGCGAUAACAGCCGCAUCCAAAUCUUUGAGACGACGUCGGGCCGUUUGAUUAGGACAUUGCAGGGCCACUUGGGUGGUGUUUGGGCCUUGGAGUUUGUUAAAGGCGUUGGUCCCACAGGCGAAAAGAUGCUGGUCUCUGGAGGCUGCGAUCGUGAGCUGCGUGUCUGGGAUAUGAAUACGGGCAAAUGUCGUCUUGUGAUGCCAGGACACACAGGAACCAUCCGAUGCCUCAAACUGCACCAAUUGCCUGUUGCUGACAACAGCACUAACAGCAACAACAUUCCCAGUAAUAUCAACAACAACAACAUCAACAGUAAUGGCUAUGAUUAUGGCGACGGCGGUUACAGCUAUGACCGACGAUAUCAAGAUCCGCAGGACUACUUUGGACAGGAUGGUGAUGACGGUGCUCCACUCAGGACCAAGCGGAGAACACAACAUCAGUACCACCCACACCGGCCUUACUUGGCCAUCACAGGCUCUCGCGACGCGACCUUGCGGGUGUGGGAUCUGCAAACGGGCGAGAACAAGUUUGUGCUGCAGGGACACCGGGAUUCGGUCCGGUGUAUUGAAGCCUAUGGCGAUCGACUGGUCUCGGGAUCAUACGAUUGUACAGCUCGGGUCUGGUCCCUCGUCACGGGCGAGUGUCUUUUGAUCCUGCAGGGACAUUUCCAACAGAUCUACUCUAUUGCCUUCAAUGGCGAGUACAUCAUCACUGGAUCGCUGGAUUCGACGUGUCGCCUCUGGUCCCCCGUCACGGGCGCCUGUAUGGCUACCCUGCAGGGGCAUACUCAACUGGUAGGCCAGUUGCAGCUCUCGGGUGAUAGUCUGAUGACAGGUGGAGGGGAUGGGUUCAUGUACCUCUGGAACCUGCGGACGUUUGAGUGUCAGUACCGAGUCCAGGCGCACGACCAGUCCGUCACCAGUCUUUGUUUUGAUCCUAAAAGGAUUGUUACGGGAGGGAAUGAUGGAGCCGUCAAGUUAUGGGAUCGUCAGACGGGCAAGUUUAUUCGGUUGCUAACAAAGACGGAUGCGGCUAUUUGGAGGGUAGCCAUCUGUGAGGAACGGGUGGUGAUCUGUAUGCAGAAGAAUGGCCGGACCGCAAUGGAGGUCAUGUGCUUUGACUCGGAGGUGCCCAUCUUGCCCCCGCCUCCGCAUCCUGUCUCUCAGUCCGGUGUGGGUGGUCCCAGUGGUGGUGGUGGUGGUGGUCAGCUCCUGGCUGGUGUAGGCGGUGGACUUUACUCAUCUGUCAUGACCAUGCCUACUGCGGCUUCUGUCCAGCAUGAAGUCCAGAGUACCAUCAUGCCUCCUCGACUCUGGGGCGCUUGA